UAGAACAUUAAAUGAAAAUGAAAUAUGUAAUGUUUACUCAUUAAUCUACAUAAACCCUUCUUACAGCUUGUGGAGUAACUUAUUUUGUUUUACGUGGAGAAGGUGGAGUCUGUAACGAUAAUUUCUUUAAUGGGAUUUGCAGACAGCUGAGGUGGGAGGUGUGUCCUCCUCUCUGCCACCUUCCCAGAGCACUGUGUCUUUUAGGGCAUGCUUCCACAUGUUCAGUCACCUUAAAGGUGUUUUGCCCGACUUGCUCAGCUGUCUAUUUCAAAAUUGCUUUCAUGCUGCUUUCCAGAGGAAUUUAGAGAUAGAAAAGGAGGGUGAUUGCUUCCCAAGUCUAGAUUUCAAAAUCAAAAUAGUAGAAGCCUAGGACCUUGAUGCUGUUAUGAAUUCUUCAGUGCUGUACAGGGUCUUUUUGAGGGGUAGACUGCUGGCGAGCUACUUCUAAAUCAGACACACCUUUGGGUUGGGCUAUUUUGGAAACUAAGUAAUUGAUGAGGCUCUAGGUAUGGUCUGCUAGGAACAAGUGAUUUUAUUGUGUGUUUUUACAGUACUUUGAUCAGCUGAUGCAGUUGACUGACAGUCUCCUCUCUAAGUAACUGAGGGUGGAGGAGUGGUGACCUGCAGGGAGUCUUUCCUGAGUUUUUCCCAAAGUGGGGAUUGCUGGCUUUCAGGCAGCUAGCAAGAGAGAAAACAGGACGUGAUAUGGGGGUACCUUUAUUUGGGGAGAGCAAUCCCUUCUAUGCCCGGAUAUGGAAUGGACUAAGUCAGAAGCUGCAAGGCAAAAAAUCCUGGGAUAAACAUCUGGAUGAAAUCUACUUACUCCAGCAGAAAAGGAUCUGGGAAUCCCCUCUCCUCCAGGCUGCCAAAGAGAACAACCUUGCUGCCAUUAGGAAACUUCUCACUGAUGGAACCUGUGAUAUCUAUCAGAGAGGCGCAGUGGGAGAGACUGCUCUUCAUGUAGCUGCCAUGUAUGACAACUUGGAGGCAGCAGUGGCUCUGAUGGAAGCAGCUCCUGAGCUUAUCAAUGAGAGGAUGACAUCAGAACUUUAUGAAGGGCAGACAGCUCUCCACAUUGCAGCAGCCAACCAGAACACCACCCUGGUGAAGGCUUUGCUUAAGAGAGGAGCCAAUGCCAGCACAGCAAGGGCCACUGGGCACUUCUUCAGGCGCAGCUCCCAGAACCUUUUCUAUUUUGGAGAGCAUGUUUUAUCAUUUGCUGCCUGUGUGGGAAAUGAGGAAAUUGUGCAGCUGCUCAUUGAAAAUGGAGCUGACAUUAGAGCUCAAGAUUCCCUGGGUAACACUGUUCUUCACAUCCUGGUUCUCCAACCCAAUAAGACGUUUGCCUGCCACAUGUACAGCCUGAUACUUUCCUAUGACAGGAGCAAAGAGGGACCAGGGUCACUUGAACUGAUUCCUAACAAUGAGGGGCUUAGUCCAUUCAAACUGGCUGGAGUUGAGGGCAACACUGUGAUGUUUCAAUACCUUAUGCAGAAGCGGAAGCAGAAUCUCUGGUCCUUUGGCCCCUUGAGCACUGUGCUGUAUGAUAUCACAGAGAUUGACUCCUGGGCUGAAGAUCAGUCCUUCCUCGAGCUCAUAGUGUCCACCAAGAAGAGAGAGGCACGCCAGAUCUUGGACCUAACACCUGUGAAGGAGCUGGUGAGCCUGAAGUGGAACAUGUAUGGUCGUCCCUAUUUCUGUUUCCUGGCCUUGUUCUACAUCCUCUACAUGGUCUGCUUCACCAUGUGCUGCGUCUACCGGCCUCUGAAACCUCGAACGGGCAACAGAACCAGCAGCAGGGACAACACGGUCUAUGUCCAGAAAAUGCUUCAGGAAUCAUAUGUGUCAUAUGAAGAUGAGCUGAGGCUGGUGGGGGAGCUGAUCACAGUCAUUGGAGCUGUAGUAAUUUUGGUCCUUGAGAUUCCAGAUAUCCUUAGAGUUGGAGCAGCGAAAUAUUUUGGACAAACAAUCCUAGGAGGGCCUUUCCACAUAAUCGUCAUCACAUAUGCCUGCAUGAUCCUGGUGACCAUGGUGAUGCGUCUCACCAGCACCACUGGGGAGGUGGUGCCCAUGUCCUUCGCCCUGGUGCUGGGAUGGUGCAAUGUCAUGUACUUCGCACGGGGCUUCCAGAUGCUCGGGCCUUUCACCAUCAUGAUCCAGAAGAUGAUAUUUGGAGAUCUCAUGCGCUUUUGCUGGCUCAUGGCUGUGGUGAUAUUGGGCUUUGCAUCAGCUUUUUACAUCAUCUUCCAGACAGAAAACCCUGAAAACCUUGGGCAAUUCUACAACUAUCCCAUGUCCUUGUUCACCACUUUUGAGCUGUUCCUCACUAUCAUUGAUGGCCCUGCAAAUUAUGAUGUGGACCUGCCCUUUAUGUACAGCGUGGUGUACUUUGCUUUUGCCAUCAUUGCCACCCUCCUUAUGCUCAACUUGUUAAUUGCCAUGAUGGGUGACACCCACUGGAGAGUGGCCCACGAGCAGGAUGAGCUCUGGAGAGCCCAGGUUGUUGCAACUACCGUCAUGCUGGAGCGGAAGCUGCCGCGGUGCCUCUGGCCACGCUCGGGCAUCUGCGGGCGCGAGUUCGGGCUGGGGGACCGAUGGUACCUCAGAAUUGAAGACAGGGUUGAUCCCAACAAACACAAGAUGAUGCGAUACACAGAGGUGUUUAAGGCUCAGGAUAACUGUGACAAAGGAUCAGAAAAGCUGGAAACCAGCGGGGACACCCUAUGCAAGAAGGAACUGUCUGCUCUGUCACUGUCACGGAACACAUCCAGAACCAGCUCUCACCGUGGCUGGGAGAUCCUGAGGCGCAACACCUUUCGCCAGCUUUGUGGAGAGGUCGGUCCUGCCGUGGAUGAGGAGGUCUAUGAUGUCUAAGAAGCCUCUGUUUUCACUCCACAAUAUGUGAAGUGACCCUUUUCCACAACAGUUGUCUUCUACAGCUGUUCAUACACUCCCCAUCAUGCCACACACAUUCAUCAGCCUUGGAGAACUCUGCUGGUGAAGAUUUUGUGGGCAGUUCAUGGCAUCUGUGCUAUGAUAAAAAAAUGCAAUUUUUUUCUCUCCUACUUAGAAGCAUCUCUGCAAUUGCACUGAUAUUUGCACCGAGCUGGUGGGCUUGUUGAGCUGUGUAAUGCAAAUGAUCAAGAGAAGCCUGCAAUGGAAUUUCAUCCAUUUACGAUGAAGUGAUCAGUAAGCCCUCUUCCAGACUGUUACAUAGAGUAUAAUCUUCCCCCCCAAGUUUCACAAAAUUGCAAGACUCUCAUAGCAAAGAAUGACUGAAGUUCUGAUUUAUGAUUUGAUACAGAAAAAACCCCCCGAACCACCCAAAUCCCA